AUCUGUUAUGUGCCGACAAAAUGAGAGAAAAGACGAUGUUCAGAAGCACCUCAAUUUACUGAAAGAAAGGGUGCUGAGACUUUUCAGGACUUUAAAGGUGCCUCCAGGGAAGCUGAGCAAUGUGAAGAAUGUCCUGAGCCUUCAAAUGGCGGAGAAACAAAUGCUGGAGACAAAUGAGGAGUCUUUGCUACAAUUGCAGGAAGAAAUAACUGAAGCUGAGCGAUCAGCAGAACGCAUUGAAGAAAACAUAAAGCAACUGCAGUACAAAAUCCAGGUGCUCAAGAACCGGUUAGAGGGAGAUGAAGAAAAGGCCAGGAAGGUAUUCCAGGUAAAUGGCAGUGGAGUGCUCCACCUUCCAGAACUCCCCGAGCGCAGUUUCCAGGCACCCAUUUUGCAGGAGGAAAUUUUAAAGGUAAAAAAUCAGAAAGGCCUUUUAGAGGACAUGAACACUAUUCAACAGUCAGAUGACUUGAAGGACAUGUUGACCCUCAUUGAAAAGACUUACGAGAAGGUGGAUUUCCUUUGA